GGUUCUGUCAAGGGAAUGUGUGGUCCCAGUGGGAGUCAUGCUCGGGUUUCUUCUGUCCCUUCUGGUGGCUCAUGCAGAGCACCGAGCCACUCCUUUGGCAGCAGAAGUGUGUCAUCUUCUUCUGUUAAGUUGGGAUCUGGAAGCUACAUGCCCAGUGUCUGCCCACCAAACAGCACAUUUGGUCCUGGGUUUGUUGGAAGCUAUGGCUGGCACGAUGAAGGGAUCCUCAGCUGCAAUGAAAAGGAGCUGAUGCAGUGUCUGAAUGACCGCCUGGCAAGCUACCUGGAGAGAGUCCGCUGCCUGGAGCAGGAAAAUGCCAAUCUGGAAUGCAAGAUCCGGGAGUGGUACGAAUGCCAGGUCCCCUAUGUAUGCAUCGACUUCCAGUCUUACUAUAAGAUUAUUGAAGAGCACCAGCACCAGAUCCUGUGUGCCAAGACAGACAAUGCCAGGCUGAUUUUGGAGAUUGACAAUGCUCGCCUGGCUGCUGAUGACUUCAGGACCAAGUACGAGACGGAGCUUGCUCUACGUCAAAGUGUUGAGGCCGAUAUCAAUGGGCUGCGCAGGAUUCUGGAUGAGCUGACAUUAUGCAGGUCUGACCUGGAAGCUCAGCUUGAAUCCCUCAAGGAGGAACUUCUUUGCCUCAAGAAGAACCAUGAAGAGGAAGCAAAUGGUCUACGUUCAAAACUUGGAGCCAGGGUUAACGUGGAGGUGGAUGCUGCCCCUUCAUGUGACCUCAACAAGAUCCUGGAUGAGAUCAGGAGCCAAUAUGAAUGUCUGGCUGAAAAAAACCGCAAAGAUGUUGAGACUUGGUUCACUUCCAAGAUGGAAGAACUGAACCAACAAGUGGUCUCCAGUGGUGAAGAGCUGCAGUCUUGCCAGUCAGAGAUCAUUGAGCUGAGACACACGGUUCAGGCCCUUGAGAUCGAUCUCGAUGCCCAGCACAAUAUGAAAGCUGCUCUAGAAGGCACCUUGCAAGAAACUGAAGCCCGCUAUGGCACCCAAUUAGCACAGCUCCAGUGUGUGAUCAGCAAUGUGGAAGGUCAGUUAGCAGAUCUCCGGUGCGAAAUGGAACGUCAAAGCCAUGACUACAAGAUUCUCCUGGAUGUCAAGACCCGCCUGGAAUCAGAGAUUGCGACAUACCGACGUCUGCUGGAGGGAGAGGAUUGCAAGUACAAAAGUAGAGCCUGUGCUCCAGUCUCCCAGAUCACUAAAAAAAUCCGCACUAUCACCGAGGAGAUUAAGGAUGGAAAGGUCAUAUCCUCUCGAGAACAAGUCCAGCAUGGUCCCUGCAGGGUUACACCAAAUUGCCGGCCAAACAGUGCUGUCUCUGUCAACUGCCGUCCUGGAAGCCACCUUCCUCCUCGCCGAUCCAGUGUGUGCCUGCCUACUCCGGGUCGUACAACUGCGUCACUUCCCAACGGAUGCCGAACUUACCUUCCCCCUUCUAGUCUGGGUUCCACCUGUGUCCCACCACCCUGCAUCCCACCGCCUGCUCGCCCUCUGAACUGCUAUCCUGUUGGCCAUGAUCAAGGGAUCCUCAACUGCAAUGAAAAGGAAACCAUGGAGUUCCUGAACAGCCGCCUGGGCAACUACCUAGAAAGAGUGCAUUGCCUGGAACAAGAGAAUGCUGAGCUGGAAUGUAAGAUCCGGGAAUGGUAUGAAUGUGAGAACUCUUAUGUCUGCACAGACUUCAAGCCUUUGUACUGCAGCAUUGAAGAGCUCCAGCAGCAGAUUUGCUGCACCAAGGCUGACAAUGCAAGGCUGUGCCUAGAUAUCGAUAAUCUCAAAAUGGCUUCUGAUGACUACUGUACCAAGUAUGAUUAUGAACUGAGUCUUUGUCAGCGAGAUGAGGCCGACAUCAAUGGCCUCCGCAAAGUUCUAGAUGACCUGACUCUGUGCAGAGCUGACCUGGAAGCCCAACUGGAGUCCUUGACUGAGGAGAUGAUGUGCCUGAAGAAAAACCAUGAGGAGGAGUCCAGUGCCCUCCGCUCCCAGCUUGGUGAUCGCAUCAAUGUAGAGGUGGAUGCUGCCCCAUCUUGCAACCUCAAUAAGGUCCUGGAUGAAAUGCGAUGCCAGUAUGAGGCUGAUCUUGAAAAGCAUCGCAGGGAAGUCGAGGACUGGUACUGUACACAGAUGGAACAACUAAACAGAGAGGUGAUCUCCAGUGGAGAACAGCUGCAAUGCUGCCAGUCAGAGAUCAUAGAGACCAGACGUUGUGUUCAAGCCCUGGAGAUUGACAUGCAGGCUCAACAGAGUAUGAAAGCUGCUUUGGAGGACACUUUGCAAGAAACUGAAUCCCGUUACUGCACCCAGCUGUCGCAACUCCAGUGCCUGAUCAGCAACGUGGAGGCCCAGCUUGCUGAAAUCCGCUGUGACAUUGAGCGUCAAAACUGCGAGUACAAGGCCCUCCUUGAUGAAAAGGCCCGCCUGGAUUGCGAGAUUGCCACUUACCGCAACAUGCUAGAAGGGGAAGAUUGCAAUGAAUCUGGCUGUACUUAUGAUUCCGCUGUGUCCACAUGGGUGCAUUUGCAUGCACAGAGUUAA